AUGGGCAUCGUGGUCGACUUAAGCGAUGAAGUUAGGGCCACGGCACCCAUUUAUGAAGGCUUAUACAACUACGUCUUUACCAGCGAUACAGAGUGUGAAGUCUUACGAGGCAUCAAGGAACAGCAUUGCUUCAUGACGCUUGGCUUUGCCAGUGAACUGACUACUGCCAGCAAUUGCCAUUCUUUAGAGCGGAUUUAA